AUGGAAGAACUUACAGCGUUCGUCUCCAAGUCUUUUGACCAGAAAGUGAAGGAGAAGAAAGAGGCCAUCACGUACCGGGAGGUGCUGGAGAGCGGGCCGCUGCGUGGGGCCAAGGAACCGGGCUGCAUCGAGCCGGGCCGCGACGACCGCAGCAGCCCGGCAGUCCGGGCGGCCGGCGGAGGCGGCGGCGCGGGAGGAGGCGGAGGCGGAGGCGGAGGAGGCGGAGGAGGUGCUGGAGGAGGAGGAGCAGGCGGAGGAGCUGGAGGAGGGCGCUCUCCCGUCCGGGAGCUGGACAUGGGAGCCGCGGAGCGGAGCAGGGAGCCGGGCAGCCCGCGGCUAACGGAUGUGUCCCCCGAACUGAAGGAUCGCAAAGACGAUGCGAAAGGGAUGGAGGACGAAGGCCAGACCAAAAUCAAGCAGAGGCGAAGUCGAACCAAUUUUACCCUGGAACAACUCAACGAGCUGGAGCGGCUUUUCGAUGAGACCCACUAUCCAGACGCUUUCAUGCGCGAGGAACUGAGCCAGCGACUAGGGCUGUCUGAGGCCCGAGUACAGGUCUGGUUUCAAAAUCGAAGAGCUAAGUGUAGAAAACAGGAGAAUCAGCUCCAUAAAGGUGUCCUUAUAGGGGCCGCUAGCCAGUUUGAAGCUUGUAGAGUUGCACCUUAUGUCAACGUAGGUGCUUUAAGGAUGCCAUUCCAGCAGGAUAGUCAUUGCAACGUGACGCCCUUGUCCUUUCAGGUUCAGGCGCAGCUGCAGCUGGACAGCGCCGUGGCGCACGCGCACCACCACCUGCAUCCGCACCUGGCCGCGCACGCGCCUUACAUGAUGUUCCCGGCACCGCCCUUCGGACUGCCGCUGGCCACGCUGGCCGCGGACUCGGCCUCCGCCGCCUCGGUGGUGGCUGCCGCCGCCGCCGCCAAGACCACCAGCAAGAACUCCAGCAUCGCAGAUCUCAGACUAAAAGCUAAAAAGCACGCGGCCGCCCUGGGUCUGUGA